CCCCAGCCCCCCGGCGCCGCCGCGGCCCCUCGCCUUCCUGUUCCCGGCGCGGCCCCCCGGCUUCCGCGCCCCGCCCGCCACCAACCCGCUCGCCACUAUGUCGGUGGAGCUGGAGGAGGCCCUGCCGCCCACGACGGCCGAGGGGGCGGCCAAGAAGGCGGCCAAGGCCGGCGGCUCGGCGGGGCUGUCGCCGUCCAAGAAGAGGAAGAACAAGAAGAAGAAGAACCAGCCUGGCAAGUACAGCCAGCUGGUGGUGGAGACGAUCCGCAGGCUGGGCGAGCGCAACGGCUCGUCGCUGGCCAGGAUCUACACGGAGGCCAAGAAGGUGCCGUGGUUCGACCAGCAGAACGGGCGCACCUACCUCAAGUACUCGAUCAAGGCGCUGGUGCAGAACGACACGCUGCUGCAGGUGAAGGGCACCGGCGCCAACGGCUCGUUCAAGCUGAACCGCAAGAAGCUGGAGGGCGGCGAGCGGCGCGGGGCCCCCUCGGGAGCCGCCCCGCCGCCCGCGGCCGCGCCCAAGGCCAGGAAGGCGGCCCCGGGCACGGCCCCGCGGCGCGCGGACAAGAAGGCCGCGCCGGGCCCCAAGGCGGAGAAGCGCUCGCACAAGAAGGGCGCCGCCUCCAAGAAGGACAAGAGCGCCAAGGCCAAGAAGGCGGCGGCGGCGGCGGCCGGGGGCAAGAAGGUCAAGAAGGCCGCCAAGCCCAGCGUCCCCAAAGUGCCCAAAGGCCGCAAGUGAGCGCCGGCCGCGCCCCACCCCUGGUCCCGCACCCCGACUGUUCGGUUUUUGUACGGUGCCAUCCCCCGCCAACCCCGUCCUCCCCUCCCCCGCAGCGGUGUAGCGUCGGGUGGGUUUUUUUUUGUUGUUUGCUUUAGGUUUUUGAAACAGCCCUGGCGACGCCCCUAUUGGCUCUCGCCCUCGGCCACGGCCGUCGCCAUGGUGACCGGCCCCGGGCGCCAACGGGCCGCCGCCCGCACGCUGCCGCGGUGGAGGCCGCCAGGGGCCGGGGUGGGCCGGGGUGGGCCGGGGGCGCGGUGCGGGGGGCUGCGCGGCGCCUCUCGGAUCCCGGGGACCCUGGCGCGGGGGCACAAUAAAUUGUUGAAACCA